AUGACCGAGCGAUAUAGCUUUUCAUUGACAACAUUCAGCCCAUCGGGAAAAUUACUUCAGAUUGAAUAUGCUUUAAAGGCCGCCGAAAGUGGUGCACCAUCAGUGGGAAUUCGCGCUUCAAAUGGUGUGGUACUUGCUGUGGAGAAAAAAUUUACUUCGGAAUUAAUUGAUGAAUCUUCGAUUACCCGCAUUGAACCAGUAACGAAAAGCGUUGGGAUGGUCUACAGUGGUCUAUCUCCAGAUUACAGGGUUUUAGUGAAAGAGGCUCGACAUAGAGCUCAGUUGUACCAACUUGCCUAUGACGAAUCCAUUUCGCCCGAACAACUUGUCGCUCGUAUUGCCGGUGUUAUGCAAGAAUACACGCAGUCUGGUGGUGUACGUCCUUUUGGAGUCUCCUUACUAAUUGCUGGAUGGGAUCACAAUGCUAAACGUGCAUAUCUUUAUCAGUGUGACCCAUCUGGCACAUACUUCCCUUGGAAAGCGACAGCUUUAGGGAAAAAUUCAAUGAAUGGCAAAAACUUUUUGGAGAAAAGGUAUAAUGACAAAUUGGAACUGGAAGAUGCUGUACACGCUGCAAUUUUGACACUAAAGGAGAGUUUUGAGGGGCAAAUGACGGAGCAUAAUAUUGAGAUCGCCGUGUGUAAUGAAAAGGGAUUUCGUGUAUUGCAUUCAUCUGAAAUCAAAGACUAUCUUGCUACUAUUCCAUAA